UCGCAGUGUGACCAGACUUCCGCCCCUUAGAGUUUGUUUUUUUUUCCACGGAGCCCAGAAACAAAAGAAAUUGCCAUUUAGCCGCAGAGCAGACGGCGCAGAUCCAGAACCAGGAUGAGGAGCGUCGAGGAGAUCAAGGCGGAGUACCCGCUGCACUGGCACAUCUGGCACAACGAACUGGAGGAGCUGCAGGCGGCCAUCGAGCAGAACGAUAAGGAGAAAAUCGAUCCCCGCGGACGCACGCCCCUGAUGCUGGCCGUGCGAUUGGUCAAUUUGGCGUGCGUUAAAUGCCUCCUGGCGGCCAAAUGCAGUGCCACCUACGAGCACGAAGGAUGGUCUAUUGUCCAGGAGGCCGUUUGCACCGGCGACGUGGACAUCCUGACGGCCAUCAUCGAGGUCCGAGAUCUCCAACGCCAUGUUCAGCGGGUGACGCAUGUGCCCAAGCUGCUGCAGCACCUCCUGGAUGCCCCCGACUUCUACAUCGAGAUGAAGUGGGAGUUCACCUCGUGGGUGCCCCUGAUGUCGCGGCUCUGCCCCAGCGACACCUACAAGGUCUUCAAGCGGGGAGCCAACGUCCGGAUAGAUACCACUCUGCUGGGCUUCGACAACAACACCUGGCAACGGGGCAACCGCUCCUACAUCUUUAAGGGAGCCAAAGAAACUGCCACGAUGAUCGAGAUCGAUCACGACACGAACGAGGUGAUGGUGGAGGAGAUGAGUAGCGACAUCGGCGACAUUGUGGCCAUACCACCUGCUUUGGGAACUGUGAGGGCUCGUCUCAAUGCCCCGGUGAUUACCAAUAACAUCGAGAUGGACAAGAUCAGUUUCGAGCGCAACAAGAGUGGAAUUUGGGGCUGGCGUAGUGAGAAAUCGGAGAUGAUCAAUGGCUACAACUGCAAAGUGUACGGGGCCAGCAAUGUGGAGUUCGUCACCAAGACGCGAAUGGAUCACCUGAGCGAGGAGCAGAUCAAGAACAAGACAGCGAGAACUCCGCUUCACAGUCUGCUGGGAAUUGCUGAUGAGGACUAUGUGUCCCCCGCUGAUGCCGCCGCUGCACUCAAAGAUCGCACACCCUCUCCCCGUUUGGUGGAAGGUUCCGUCGGUGGAGCCGAAAAUGGUGGCCGAAUCUCACCCGCCCCCGGAAAUGAGAGCAACGGCAGCUCCGCCUGUGCCUCGGGCACCAGUACACCCAAGUCUUCUGUUACCCCGGAGGAGUACUUCACUCCGGAGGUCGAUCUCCACGGAAGGGACGUGGGCGGUCCCAAAAAUCUGAGCACAAAGGUGCAGCGCUUCAAGGCCAAUUUGUGGCUGGCCGAGGAGCAUCCCAUUCGACUGCAGGAACAGGUGCUUCCCAUUCUGGACCUCAUGUCCACCAUGGCCAGUCCACAUGUGUCAAAGCUGAGGGACUUUAUCACAAUGCAGCUGCCUGCCGGUUUUCCCGUCAAAGUGGAAAUCCCGCUCUUCCAUGUCCUCAACGCUUGUAUCACAUUUGGAAAUGUAUUUGCUUUGACCACACCGGUGGAGCACGUGGCCACGCUGCAGGAGCAAGAUCGGGUUACCUGCCUGGUGGACGAUCGCUGCUUCGAUGUUCCGGCUCACUAUACGAACAGAGGCAGCGAUGUCCGACGGCAGAUUCCUCUGGAUGAGGACGAUAUGCUACAGUAUGCCAUCGAGCAGAGUUUGGUGGAAACAAGUGGAGCCUGCGGCGUGGACGCCAGGGACGAUGACAAGGUGGACAUCUGGGAAGUGCUAAGGGGCCAAAACGUCGUGGGAUCCGAUCUUCUGCCGGAGGAUGACGAGCAACUGCAGCGUGGCCACCGCUUCUCCUCGCACUUACUGUCCCCCCACCGCCAGCAGUACGGGCGGUAUUCGCCCUCACCCAAGCACCAUCCCCAGUCCUUUCCCCACUCGCAACUCCAGUUGGAGCCGCAAGCACGUGGGCGAUCCUCGUCGGCGGGUGCCCAGUUCAAAAACGAUUUGGGCUACAUGAAGAAGAUCUUCAAGUAGCGAUAAAAAACCCACACCCUUCUCCUUUUGUAUUGCUAGUUUUGAUCCAAGCUUUGUGUGUUCUUGUGCCCUUUGCCCUUAUCGAUUGCAGAGUCCUCCAGGAGUCGCUGCUGGGCGCCCAUGCGAAUCCCCAAAGCGGUUCGCCCGCCUCCGAGGACGACGACGACGGGGGAUUCCGGUAUGUGGAUCCGGAUUUGGCCAUGGCCAUGCGACUGUCGCAGCAGGAACAGCGGAAGUUCGAGCUGGAGCGGCAGCAGGAGCAGGAGAUGAUCGAGCAGGCGCUGAAGCUCAGUCUGCAGGAGCACUAAUAUAUCCCAGCGGCGAUUCCAAAUUGAAGUUAUUUUCAUUUCUAGUGUAAACUUCGGACUAAGUUGUAUAAAUAAUACGAGUACUUUAAGUUCCCCCUCGCCUCCUUCUACGCCCCUGUCCUUGUUUUGAAUUGUGAUACAAGCGGGACGCAAGCGGGAAGCUGUCGCCUGGUCUCAACUCGUCCACUCGCAACCGAAGGAUCCACCCUAAAUAUACCAUUGCAUCCAAAAAGUAGUCCUCGUAGCUGUAGCUUUUGCAAAUGUAUCUAGUAUCUGGUAGAUACGAUCUUAAACUUAAGUGCGUGUGGUAGCUGGAAGAUAUGUCUUUCGCAUAUCUUCCGCAACCACAUGAGUGCGUGUCCUUAAUAUGUAUCCACUAAUCAGCAUUACCCAUUAUUUAUACUAAUACCCACUGACAUCAUGCGUCACCCUUUUGUGUAAAUGAAGAAAAUAUAUGAAAUAAUCAUGAAGAAAA